AUCAAAGAUCGGCCCCGCACUGGCAGACGCAGAGUUGCUACCAUUAGGGAAGACCAAAUUUGCGAAACCGAUUUCGAACUCUAGACACGCCUCAUAAUUCCCCAGGGAGAAGGAUUAGCUUUCGGACAGUGCAAACCCGACUUAAAGCAUUGCAUUUUGAAAGCCCGUAUUCCAUAUAAUGGUACAGAACUGACAGAUCAUCACAGCAUCAUUUGCGCUUUCGAUUGCAAGACUUGUCGAAGAUGAUUGGUUCCGUUUGUGUUUAAGAUUUGCCAUCAGGAGAACCCUUGUUUGAGGAAACGUGGAAAACAUUUUGUUAGUUGUGAGAUUGAAAUAGACAGGUUUGGGGUCGAAAUUAAUCUAAUUAAAUCAGAUCCUAGGAUACGCUCACAAUCGCUAUAAUAGGCAUAUAUUACGCAGAGUAUACGGCGCGGAUCUAAGAAGUCUGAUUUUUAUUAGAUUGGGGUCGAAAUGUAAUGGUUUGAUGAGGAACUUGUGAGGGGGAAAAACUGCACUCAGCUCUUUGUGAUGAACUGUACUCUGACGGCUCAGCGAUCUCAUUUUGAUUUAUUUCUGAUUAUGGGAAAUGAUGUACUUAGAUGAGACAUCAAACUGAGUCUGUUCAGUGAUUUUAUGUAUCACAGGAUGCAUUUCAUCUACCACUCUGAACACUGCAGUGUGAUGACGUAUACGUGUUGUUUUAUUGCGUUGUGGGUGGACAUGUACAGCGAUGCGAGCGGUAAUAAAUGCGAUUCAUCGCGUUGCUGCAAUAUAUAUUGUAGACUAAGAAGCAUACAGUAAAUUAAGUUUUUAUGUCAAAAUAGGAUGUGAAGUACAUGCAUUGUAAUAAUAAUGAUAAAGAAAGAAACAAGAAGUGCGGAUAUGAGCAAUAGAGUGCACAACAUGUCUGCGACAAGAACUUGCCGAUGAAUGUACUUCACGAAGGAUUAAACCCUCUCUAUUGUCCUGUUGUUGAAAUAUUGUUCUGCAUUAUGUGCUGUGAUAUUAUUAUUUGCCGUUCAGUCUAAAACAAAUAGGUUUACUUUUAAACUAGGUAGUCAAUCAGUGCUUCGCUUGAUCGCUCGUCUUGUGUACCUCUUGAAAGAUUAUCUAGGUAUUAAUUUACAUUCUGUCAACGACACAUUCAGGCCUGAUUAAGAACAAUAAAUGUUAAGUCAAUUUCUUGCAUGUACUGCAUUUCACCGAUUACAAGUCAUUUUUGGGUUGUUGGAUUGCUGACGGAGAAGAUAACCAGAAAAUGCUUCGUGGAAUUUCGUUUUUCUUGGUUUUAAGUGCAUUGUUUUCUUGGUAUGGGAAAGCUUUGUCCAACUCCGAAGCAAACACAACUCGCGAUGAUGUUGCGCCUUGUGUAUCCAAGAUCUUACAAGGAUUUACUCUGAGCUCUCUUCGGAUGCUGAAACACGGUGAUGUUGAAGGCUUAAAGGUCAAGUUGUACCGUAGCCAACUAACCAAUAGCUCCACCGACUGGUUCCUGGUUCGUGAAGACGGAAUUCGAAAUAGUUUCUUCUCCUUGUCUCCUUUCAAUCCAAUGGCUCAGUGGGUGUUGUUCGCUUCUUUUCAAACAAAUGAGCUUUCGAUUCUUGAGAAUCCAAGUAACUGUCUCGGUGAAUAUCGGCAUCCUGAUUUUCGGGCGACCAUCCAACAGCUGAUACUACAACGCGUCCAUGACCAUAUUUCGGACUCGUUUUAUCUUUGUGUCAAGGAAGUUAAAAAUAUAUCCGGGUCUCCUGUUGAACUAUUUGAUUGCUGCACAAGAGGUUCAAACGGGACUUUAUCUUGUGAAGAAAUACAGACAGGCGGUUUAGUAGAGGUUUUCUUCAGUAUUGUUUUUGUUUUGAAGGUAUUUCUGGUUAUUUUGGGUGUGCGCUUUAUUCCUAGAUCUUUGUACAGGAAACGCCACUGCUACAAAGAAUUCAUAUUUUCUUUAACAACUCCGCUAGAAAUUGCGGUAACAAAGCGUUUUUCGCCUCCACCUAAUGUAUCUAAAUUACGAAAUGUUGACCUCGGAACAAAAUAUACCUCUAGUGGAUAUCAGUAUCGAAUUAAGAUUGGAGAAAAUCUUGACCGACUUUCUGAUAUCGUAGAGAAGAUGGAGAUGAGUAAAACGGAGAACUUCAAGCUUAGGGCCGUGUGGUUUAAAGUGGAUCCAGAUCGUGUUGUUUCGAGAAAUAAGGCACCUGUCGGGUUUUUCUCCUUUUUCUAUCGUCGACUAUUUCAGUGCAAAUGUUACGUUCAUGGACGCAAACAGAAAGUGUUCGAACAUUCAUAUGUUAAUGAAAACAACGAAUAUAUUUCUCUGCACAAUUGCUGCAAACGCAAAAUUUCAAAGGACAGUACGUGGGAAUCUCUCGCCCGAAAUUUGAUACAAAUGUUUUUCACCCUUUUUGUGUUCUGGAGUCCAGUAAUUGUUAUCACAAUGUAUUGGAAUUAUGAGGAAGGAUUCAUUCAAAAUAAACUAGAAGCAGCUAGAAGUAUAAACAUGACAACAUCACUGCCGUUUUACUCCACGAAACUACUGUCUUUAUUCUAUAUUCACGGUUUUUACGUUGUGUAUCAAGUAUGUUUUGCCAUAUGGUUUUUGCCGUUAUUAAUGCUAAUAUUCAUGAAAGUAGUCACAGAUAACACAUUUUGGAAAAGAACUGUUUGGAUUUUUAUAAGGAGUCUGGUAUAUUCUAAACAUUUCUCCCAUGUUGGAACCAGUUGGGCGGCGUCAUUUCUGCUUCGAUCCUUCACCAGCAAUGCUUUGACGGAUGUUAACUCCAUACACAUUUUUCUAUGGAUCAUGGUAAAGUUAGCAUCAUUGCUCAUCGUUGUAAUUGUCCUUCUAUUUUGUAAGUUGUCUAGUCUUAAUGUGUUUCUACAGCUAGUGUGGAGAUACACACGAGAAAUUGUGAAAUGUGUGAAGAAAACCAACAACGAUGACGAGCGCAGUGAUAUGGAGGAUCUCGUGCAAGAGAAAUUAUCCAAGGACACUUGUGAGAAAAAUGUCCGAGGGUUUUUAAACCUCCCAUCAUCUGACGUUUGUUCGUUAGUUAUGGAGGACACCAAGUUUCCAAGAUCUUCUCGUGCCCGUUUUUUGUGGUGUAUCAUGUGCUUUUGUUGGUUAACAUUCUUGGUUUGUGCUAUUCCAAUCUUCAUAGAUGUUACUUUUAUCAUUGUGGACAUUAUAAUUUUAGUCAUAGUCAGUUUGAUUUUCAACAUUCGUCACGUGGCACAGUAUUUUCUAAUUAUGCUUUUCAUUUGCGUUUAUUCAAGUAUCUUCGUUAAACACGUCGAAGAAAUAUAUCAGAAUUUUAACAAUAAAGUUCAGACUUUUCUUCUUGAGAGACAAACACGAUCAUUGAUAAAUAAGAAUUUGCAUGACGACACGAUUCCAAGCGCCAAUCGUUCUUACCAAGUGAUACCGGGCAGAGGAUGCGGAAGGUGCGCUGCGUGCCACGUUUUCACUACCAAAAAUGGUAUACCAAAGUGGAAGGCCCGUCACUUAGUCCAGUUUGUGGAUGACAAAGGUGAACCCUGUAUCCCAAAGAAUUUCUUUUUUCAGACUUGCUACAUGAACCACUUUGCUUGUCCAGGGUCUCUUUCCAACCACUACUACAAUGCCGUGAUAAAAUCCCUCCUUUUGACAUUUUAUAUAUUACUUAUGAUUCUGUUGAUUAAAAUUAUACACCCCGGUCUUCCAUGGUGGGGUUAUUUGCUAGUAUAUACUAUAGUAGGACUUGUACCAAUAAUAUUUUUGACAAACUUUUAUUCUGGACCCCGGGAUGACAAAUAUGAUGUAGCAGACGACAUAUUCAAACAAAAGCUUGAACACGUCAUCCGUGAGUACAAACAGGAAUGGUCUAUCAUUGAUUUAGAAAUUUCAAGUCGUGCAAGAUUGGAUGACUCUAUUUCAUCACACCUGGAAGGAAAUGAUGAUGCUGACAACGAAACCAAAUGCUGGUUUCGAACUCCAAACAAUGCCUGUGUAUGUUUAAACGUUCCUAACCGGAAGCCAAUGAAUGUCGAUGAUACCAUACAAACAGAAUCCGCCCCUCCUACACCAGUAAGACGAACUCCAUCAAGAAAUGGUUUCAGUGGUUCCAGAACAAUGCGCGGACAGUGGAGUUCUUUUGAGAGUAACUCUCCUCGACAGAGUUUCAAAUCAUUACAAACGUCUCCCAUGCAAUCACCCAGACGCACACAGACUUCUAUCCCCGGAAACCACCAGGAGUCAUGGGACUCGCUUGAUGAUAGACCACCUACCAGGUCGUCUUCUGGUAAACGAAAGAGUCCGAGAGUGCCAUCCGAUGAAAUAACACAUGAAGGUUCAGAAAUGAUUAACAUUCUUCCUAAAUCAUACCCUGGAGCAUGCUGUGUCAGUACCAAAGAUGAUACAAUAAGUAUUGCAAGUACGUUAUCUAAUCAUUCGCAUGACCAACAUCACCAGGAAACCAUAUCCUCCAUAUUGAAAAACAUGAAGUCACUCAACCGCGACAAGAGAGCCACGCAAACACUUGUAGCAGACGUAUAAAUAAAUGACUUUACACCAUUCAUUUUGCGAUUAUAUAUAUAUGUUGUUUUUUAUAUCAGUGUUUUUUUCGUUAUUAUGAAAUGAAUAAAUCAGAAAUUAACUCAUA